GUAAGUGACGCGGCUGAGACGCCCUGAAGAUGGACACGAUUGUUAUUGUUUUUAAUGCACGCGCACAGUCAGUGAAAAGAAGCGGGGACGAGCACUCGGAGGAACGUGCCUGAAGACCGCGCCUCAGAGCCCCGUGGUAAUGUUCCAUCAUGGAGGAUAAAGGGCCCCGUGUUGCCGACUACUUCGUGUUGGCCGGCCUCCCUGACUCACCCACGCCUCUGGAAGAGGGGCUGCACUGGGAUGACGUGUCUCCCCGGUCGGCACAGGCCAAAGCCCCGAUCACCGAUGUGGCCGUGGUGGUGCGGUCCCUGGGAGAGGAGGUGCCCCCCGGCUUCACCUGUGUGGACUCCACCCCCUCGGGCCUAUCUGCAGAACUGAAUGGGGCCAGCCUCAGGGGGCCGCAGAUCUUCUUAUGCUUCAAGCGUGGACGAGAUAAGCCUCCCCUGACAGACCUCGGGGUGCUGUAUGAGUGGAAGGAGAAGCUGAAGCCCGGCUGUCACAUCGUCCAGACCACGCCCUCCGGUCGUCCCGCCAACAUCAGUAGCUCCUCCUCCCAGCGCAUCUACAUCACAUACCGUCGUGCCCCCAAGAGCCAGCCGCACACCUCCCUUGCCCUCACUGACGUGUGCAUCAUCGUCCCAGGCAAAGGAGAGAGCCCCCCGCACACCUUCUGCAAAGUGGACAAGAACCUCAACAGCAGCAUGUGGGGCUCGUCCGUCUACCUGUGUUAUAAGAAGUCACUGGCCAAAGCAAACACCAUUGCAUACAAAGCAGGCCUGCUGUGCCGGUAUCCUGAGGAGGACCACGAGUCGUUUCCUCUACCCGAGUCUGUGCCCAUGUUCUGUCUGCCCAUGGGCGCCACCAUCGAGUGCUGGCCCCACCACACCAAACACUCUCUGCCGGUGUUCUCCACCUUUGUUCUGACCGGAGCCUCUGGGGAGAAGGUGUAUGGAGCUGCUAUCCAGUUCUAUGAGCCUUACCCGGAGGAGGAUCUGACCGAACGUCAGCGCUCUCAGCUGGGCCUGUCCUGCUCCAGCCUGGGUCCUGAUGGCAGCAGUCUCUAUGGCAACAAGAGCAUCUGCCUCCUGUCCCACUGGCCUUUCUUCCAGUCCUUCAGGAGCUUCCUCACAUUCCUCUAUCGAUACUCCAUCUCUGGACCUCAUGCUCUGCCCAUCGAAAAACACGUCGCUCAUUUUAUGUUAAACGUGCCCUUUCCGUCCAUCCAGAGACCUCGGAUUCUGGUCCAGUUGUCUCCUCACGACAGUCUAAUCCUAAGUCAACCUGUGUCCUCCCCUUUGCCCCUCAGCGGGGGGAGCCUGUCCACUCUGCUGUUGAACCUGGGGCCUAAGAACGCAGCCACUCUGCUGGUGCUGGCAGUCACAGAGCACAAGAUCCUGGUCCACUCACUGCGUCCGGCUGCCCUGACCAGCGUCACCGAAGCCCUCGUCUCACUGAUCUUCCCGUUCCACUGGCCCUGCCCCUACAUCCCCCUGUGCCCUCUGGCUCUGGCCGAUGUCCUCAGCGCCCCCUGCCCGUUCAUCGUGGGCGUUGACUCUCGCUACUUUGACCUUUACGUGCCCCCCGCGGACAUCAGCUGUGUGGACCUGGAUACCAACACCAUCUCUCAAAAAGAUGACAAAAAGGCGAUAACGUGGAAGCUGCUGCCGCGGAGAGCCUGCAAACACCUCCUCAACUGUCUGAACAAACUGUAUCAGCAGCUCCUUCAAGGGGGUCAGCUGAACCGGGAUGACAUGCAGACGGAGCCCUCCAUGACAGACAGUGAACUGGAGGGAGGGAAGAGCCUCCAAACACUGGAGCUGGAGAUACAGGAGGCCUUCCUACGCUUCAUGGCGGCCAUUUUGAGAGGGUACCGCUCCUACCUGCUCCCCAUCACCCAGGCCCCUUCAGAGAAGACUACUGAUGCCAACUCUCUCUUUGAUUUACAGGGUUUCUUGAAGAGCCGUGACCGCUCCCAUCAGAGGUUCUACUCCUUAAUGAUGAAGACUCAGAUGUUCAGUCGCUUCAUUGAGGAGUGCUCCUUUGUCAGCGACAAAGACGCCAGCCUGGCUUUCUUCGACGAGUGUGUAGAUAAGAUGGACAGUGAGCACCCUGAGGACACUCGGCUCAUCGAUCUGGAUGAAUCUCACUACAGUGAACACACUGUGUACAUCAACCCCCCAGAGCUGCCCCCUUUGCCAGAGGGACAAGAGCACCCCCUACAGUACAGUUAUUCUAGUUUCCCGGUGCUGGAGGUAGACCUGCUUCAGCCUCUAGAGGGCCCCACUCCUCCAUCAGGGGGUGCCAGCUCUCGGCACAUCAGCCCAGCCAGUCCCACAGCCAUCUUCAGACGCUCCAAACAGGAGAUCAAACUGGCUCAGAGGAUAGCCAAAGCUCACUCAGCGAUGCCUCAAAUGUGGUCCAAGUGUCUCCUCCGUCACUGUUAUGGGCUGUGGUACAUCUGUCUGCCCGGCUUCAUCAGCAGCAGUGCCUCUAAAGUGCGAGCUCUGCGUACAUCCUACGACCUCCUGAGGAAGAUGCAGGACCGGAACCUACAGGCCCCUGAUGAGGUGUGUUACCGCGUACUGCUGCAGCUCUGUGGACAGUACAGUCAGCCAGUGCUGGCAGUGCGAGUGCUGUUUGACAUGAAGAAGGCGGGGCUCCAGCCCAACGCCAUCACCUAUGGCUACUACAACAAGGCUGUGUUGGAGAGCACAUGGCCCUCUAGCACCAGGGGGGGGUAUUUCAUGUGGAGAAAGCUCCGGAACAUUGUCCUUGGAGUGGUGCAGUUCAAACAGGCCACGAAGAAACAACUCAGUCUACGCAAAGACCCCCACCUCUCAGACGGCAGUGACCUGGACACGGUGAGCCACGGCAGUGUGGACAGCGCCAACGACUCAGCAGAACGGCUCUCCAUUGACGCUGACUUCACAAAGAUCGACUCCAGCGAUGAUGGCUUCAGCACAGGUGGGCAAUCGGAUCAAGGCUAUGACUCCCUGUCCAAAGAGGAGGAGCGUCUGUGUGUGCGAGACAGUGACGGUGCACUGACUGACGACAGGGGGCAGAGAGCGCCAGGUGGCAGUGUGAGGCCUGUGUGUGCUGACACUGCAGUGAGCACAUUGUCAUCCAAACUGGAGCGGCCCCGGUCUCUGGAGCUGUGUGGGGGGCAGGACUGCACCGUCAGAGUCCCUGUUCCUCAGCUCUGUUCAGCCAAACCUAUCAGCACCGACAGACUCUACCAGCUCCAGGAGGAGGUGGAGACGGACAAGCCCCAAGGAGGUGCUCAGGAUGGGGCCAGUGAGAGCUCACAGGACCCUGAGGUGUUAAUGAGCUCCAAGACAACAUCAUGUGAUCCCAAUACAAGCACAAGCACUAAAGAGGAGAACGACACCUCCACCUGCUCCACCCCCCUGGGCUACUCCUCCCACAUAUCCCCCAGAACCUCCACCCUGCACCGCUCUGCCUCCAACCUACCACUGCCCCCCAAAACCAAAGAGAGGCUCAGGCAGUCCCCCUCCCUUCCUCUGGGGGAGCUGCGACAAAGAGCCUCCCCUCUGAAGUCCCCUUCAUCCCCCACCCCCUCCACAGCCUCCUCCUUCUCCAUGGACUCCCUGUUCACACCCACUCUGGAUAUCUUCAGGAGCAGUGUGAUCUCUGCCGGGAAGGGCGUGGCUGAGAAGGCAAGCCGGCUCUACUCGCGCCUGUCAUCUCAGACGUCAUUGUCACAGGAUGUGAACGUGGAUCGGCUGAGCGUCUCCUCCCUGAACUCAGGAGAUGCAGACUGCUCCUCUCUGCUUGACACUGACCUGUGUGUGGAUCCAGAGGGAUUCACCUCCCCACAGCACCUCACCACCAGGGGGCACCGGCGCAGCCCGAGCACCCCUGACCGCGUUUUCAGACACAACUCCUUCUCUGGUGGUUUAGCUCUUGCCUCCAAGUCUCCUCACACUCCAGACUCUUCUCCUGAAACCAGCCGGUUCCAGGCCUCUCCCAGCUUCUCUAUAGAGGUGCUGAUGUCGAGCUGCAGUCGUUGUAAAACCUGUGAGUGUUUGGUUUACGAUGAGGAGAUCAUGGCCGGGUGGACGGCCAACGACUCCAACCUGAACAGCUCCUGUCCGUUCUGUGGCACGGCCUUCCUCCCAUUCCUCAGUGUGGAGCUCAAGGACCUGAGGCCACACAGCAGCGCUUUCUCUAAACAGGGUGUUCCCGUUCUGGAGGAGGACAAACCCACAUUGGCCGGACCUCAAAAUGUCAGCGGUGCCGCCCGUCAGCCUACCCUCCUCACGGUGCCGUACCUGAGCCCACUAGUACUGUGGAAGGGGCUGGAGAGUCUGCUGGUGAACGAGGGGGAGCAGGCCCUCUCCUCUCCGGCCGUCGUGGACCAACACCCCAUUGUCUUCUGGAACCUUCUGUGGUUCUUCAAGAGGCUGGAGCUGCCCAGCAAUCUGCCCGCGCUCAUCUUGGGCUCGCAGCACUGUCUCCACGACAACCAGGGCCCCCGGAGCUUUUUGGCUGAGGACAGUAAACACGUGCUGGUCAGGAUCAUGUGGGACAACCUCUCCCUCCACCAGGACUCCAUCCAGCCCUGCUACGUCCUCUGGAACGCCCACUGCGCCAACUCCCUGGUUCGCUCUGGCGUCUGUGGAGAGGGUCAGCUCUUCACAGUGGAGCUGCUGCAGGGAAUCGUCCGCAGCAUUAAGAAAAGUGACCUGUAUCAGCCAAUGGGCCAGAUCCUGCAGCUCCUGGGGCCUGAGCUGGGCUUCAGCAGGCAGAGAAGCCUGUAUCGAGACCUGCUGUUCCUUGCUCUGGUGUCUUUAGGAAGAAACAACAUUAACAUCAAUGCUUUUGACAGAGAGUACAAACUGGCUUAUGACCGCCUGACACCUGGACAGGUGAAGCUAACGCACAACUGCGACCGCCCCCCAGGGGCAGGGGUCAUGGAAUGUCGGAGGACGUUCGGAGAGCCCGGGCUGUGACCUCAUGAGUUGCUCAGAGAGAUACAGCACAAACUAGGGUGACCCCUCUGUCCCUCAUCCUGGGUCUACAGGGUCCAAAAGGGGGCAAGUCUACAGGGUCCAAAACGAAACGGGUCUACAGGGUCCAAAAUGGAGUGGCUCUACAGGGUCCAAAAGGAGCAACAGAACCUAACAGAAAGUUCUAAACACCUGUACUCGGCUUAAAUACUGACAUUUAGCUUUCCCGUUGAAACUCAAACUCACGACCCUCUGCUGCCCUUGACCCACCUGUUUGGACAAUAUGCCACUCGUUUAGACACUGCCACUUGAACGAUAUAAAAAGUUAGAGUUAUAAAACAUGAUGCACUGCAAAAAUAAAGUCUAAAAUAUGAAAUAAGUU